GCUGUCAUGGCCACCUUCGACGAUGGCACCGAGGAUCAGUCGGGACUCGGAACUAUGUCACAAAUGUAUAAGUCGCAACAUCCUCUGGGAGUUGAGGCCAUCUCUGUUCUCAUUGAGAAUACUACCAAACACGCUGGAUCACGAGUAUUCAGGAGUGAAAGCUGUCUCUAAUCUGAUCUACUUCAAGCCACCGGACCACCGUCGCCAUGAAGAUGUCUCCGGUCUUUGCUGGCGUCGCCCUGGCAAGACUCUGCCACGCCCAAAGCAACGAGUCCCCGGUCCUCGUCCUGAGCAGUGAUGACUCGUUCAACUUCGAUAUCCUGCCAGGCAUGGGCCAGAUAGCUAACGAUGGGGCCGACACGGUGCCCUCACUAGCAGUGGCCAAGAAGAUCAUCCCAGGCAAUUGGACGACGUACAUCGGCGCAUGGUUUGAGUUGGCCAAUGCAACCAAGGCCCAAGCGAUGAAUCAGGAACUGGCAUAUGACCCGAUCAAUGUCAGGGCAACAUGGUUCUCCCUAUCGGACUACUUUCGUCGCGCUGACGCCUACAACCGCGAGGAUUGGGACGACCCGCGUAUCAAUGGUGGGCCGAGGAGAUGA